AUGGCAUCUCCCUUCCUAACACCGAGCUCCUCCUCCCAGCUCGACCAGCUUGCGCUGCUGCAUCUCCGCCGAGACUCGACGAUCCCGGCCAUCCUCCGCCUACAUGACGACGGGAACCUUGGAUACAAAGAGGGCAACGUCACAAACACACGAUUCGGCUCCUUCCCGCAUAGCACACUCUUCGAUCAGCCUUGGGGAUCGCAGAUCAAAGCCUCCAAGGUAGACACAGGCUCCCGAGGCCGGCCCCCGCGCCAGCAGAAGAAGCGCAAAGCAACUGAGCUCGAGGAGUCGGCCAGCGGCACCCCCGGCGGCGACGACGACGCCGACAGCAACAAGCCCACACAUAGCAAAGCCGUCGCAGCCUCCAGUGGCUUCCUCCACAUCCUCUGCCCGACCCCCGAACUUUGGACCGCCUCUCUACCCCAUCGGACGCAGGUCGUCUACACCCCAGACUACAGCUACAUCCUCCACCGUCUCGGCGUCCGGCCAGGCUCCACCAUCAUUGAAGCGGGCGCCGGUAGCGGCUCCUUCACACACGCCUCCGCGCGCGCCGUCUUCAACGGAUACCCCUCGACAUCAGCAGACAACACAACACCAUCAAAGCGGCGCCGCAACGGCAAAGUAUGCAGCUUCGAAUUCCACGCGCAGCGCGCAGGCAAAGUCCGCGAAGAACUCAUCGAGCACGGCCUCGAUUCCCUUGUCCAAGUCACGCACCGCGACGUCUAUCAGGACGGGUUCCUCCUCAAUGACCCUACAACAGGCAAACCCUCCACCUCCCCCAAGGCUAACGCCGUCUUCCUCGACCUCCCCGCCCCCUGGCUCGCCCUCAAACACCUCGUCCGCAACCCGCCCUCCGGCGCCGAGUCCCCACUCGACCCGUUAACAGCCGUCCACAUUUGCACGUUCUCGCCAUGCAUGGAACAAGUCCAGCGAACCAUCAGCGCGCUGCGCCAGCACUCGUGGCUGCAUAUUAGCAUGGUCGAGCUCCAACAUAAGCGCAUCGAAGUGAAGCGCGAAAAGACGGGACUCGAGUACGAGGGUGUCCGUAGCGCAAACGUCUUCCCGCGGAACGUCGAAGACGCCGUGCAGAAGAUGCGUGUCGUCGAAGAGCGCUCUGUCCGAUUCCGAGAAUCCCUCGGCCAAGACGACGGCGCACAGAGUGAUAACGAAAACUCCGCCGCCGCCAAUCAGCAGAAUACAUCGGAUGACACAGACCUCCCGACAUUUAUACCGUCGAAUUUCAACGAGGGUAUCCCGGCACACGCCCAGGGCCGUCUUGUGCACCGCUCCGAGCCAGAUAUCAAAACACAUACCUCAUAUCUUGUGUUUGCGGUUCUACCGCGUGAGUGGAGUGAGGAGGAUGAGCGGCAAUGUGUGGAGAAGUGGCCGAGUCAGAAUGUGGCAGAUUCAGCGCAGCAGCCGAAGGGGAAAAGUAAGAAGCAGCUGAGAAGAGAGGCUAAGGCGCAAGAGAAGGCGCAGGAGCUGGCAGAGAAGGAGAAGGAGAGUGAGGUGAAGACGGAGGCACAAGUGCAGUUUGAGGAGGUAUGA